AGCACCGUCGAACUAGACUCACAGUCACGAUAGAGCGCUCACCGUGAACACAUCGCUAGCUCUAUUGCCGCGGUGACAUAUACCAAGUAGCUCUAGAUUACAGAUAGUAUCAGAACCAGUUGCCACUAUAUAGACAAGAUAUAAUUCUCAAUAACAAACAAACUAAAGUGAUAAAAUUUGUCUUUCGAUAUUCAUGCAUAAUUUAUAGACUGAUUGCCAAGUAAAGUCCACCGACAGCCAGUGAAACUACGCAGUUCUUAAUACCAAAAACUUCUUUCAAAGUGCAUCAGUGAUUAACGAGAACUUUGUAAUUAGUUUCAACUAUAAUGACGACGAACAAUAUUCUAUGGUUUCGCCAUGGGCUCAGAUUACAUGAUAACCCGAGCUUACUCGAGGCUCUACGCAACGAUUGCAGCGGAUCGGAAUCCGUACGAUUAUAUCCAAUUUUCAUCUUUGAUGGUGAAAGUGCCGGAACUAAACUUGUCGGAUUCAAUCGGAUGAAGUUUUUGCUGGAAUCGUUGGCCGAUCUGGACCGACAAUUACGCGACAUUGGUGGACAACUGUUCGUCUUCAGGGGCAAUGCCGUGAAUGUGAUGCGCCGAUUGUUCGAGGAACUGAACAUCCGAAAGCUGUGCUACGAACAGGACUGCGAGCCGAUCUGGAAGGAACGCGACGACGCCAUAGUGAACCUGUGCCGGUCGAUGGACGUCAAGUGCGUUGAAAACGUGUCGCAUACGUUGUGGGAUCCGGAGCAGGUCAUCCGUACUAACGGGGGGAUUCCUCCGCUGACGUAUCAGAUGUUCCUGCAUACAGUUGACAUUAUCGGCAAACCGCCACGACCGGUAGCUCCGCCAAGCUUCGAGUUUGUUGAAUUCGGUUCCGUCCCAUCAAUUCUGGCACAGGAAGUAAAGCUGCAGCAAAUUCGCAGUCUCUCUCCGGAUGAUUUUGGCGUCUACUAUGACGGCAAUCCGGAAAUCUCUUUUCAGCAGUGGGUUGGCGGAGAAACGAAAGCUCUCGAGUGCCUUGGACGUAGACUGAAGCAGGAGGAAGAAGCAUUCCUGGGUGGGUAUUUUCUGCCCACCCAAGCAAAACCGGAAUUCAUAGGACCAGCAACCUCCAUGAGUGCCGCACUGCGGUUCGGGUGUCUCUCCGUGCGCUUAUUCUAUUGGUGUGUCCACGACCUGUACGAGAAAGUGCAGUCCAAUAAUGAGUAUCAAAAUCCGGCAGGACCACAUAUAACUGGUCAGCUGAUUUGGCGCGAAUAUUUCUACACCAUGUCGGUACACAAUCCCCAUUACGCUGAAAUGGUGAAUAAUCCGAUUUGUUUGAACAUUCCUUGGUACGAGCCAAAGGACGAUUCAUUGGAACGUUGGAAAGAAGGUCGAACUGGUUUUCCAAUGAUUGAUGCCGCUAUGCGACAAUUGCUGGCCGAGGGGUGGUUGCACCACAUUCUCAGGAAUAUUACUGCCACAUUUUUAACACGUGGUGCAUUAUGGAUCAGUUGGGAAGCUGGAGUGCAACAUUUCCUCAAAUACCUACUAGAUGCCGAUUGGUCUGUAUGCGCAGGGAACUGGAUGUGGGUGUCAUCUUCUGCAUUUGAGAAGCUACUAGAUUCGUCCUCGUGCACCUCACCAAUCGCUUUGGCACGACGUCUCGAUCCCAAGGGAGAGUACGUACGACGGUAUCUACCAGAACUGAAGAAUUUUCCGAACCUUUAUGUUCAUGAACCCUGGAAAGCCCCACUGGAUCUGCAAAAGGAGUGCGGUUGCAUCAUUGGUAAAGACUACCCAAGUCCCAUGAUCGAUCUGGCGAAAGUCAGCAGAGAUAAUUCCAAUACGAUGAACAGCAUCCGUGAGAACCUAAUGGGUAGAGGUGGAUCUACUCCCCCUCAUUGUCGUCCCUCGGAUGUCGAAGAAAUCAGAAAUUUCUUCUGGCUUCCAGAGGAUGUAGUCGUAGACUGUUGAAUGUGUCAAACUAUUCAUUAUUCUUAUAAGCAUAAGAUUUCAGUAGAACUAUGAACAAAUAAUAAUUCCAAAACGGUAGAAACAAUUAAAUUCAUAAUUAAUGAGAACGAGCUUAUUCAUUAUUGAUGUUUGAACAGGGAGAAUAUCAUGUGAAAAAUCUCAAUUUUGUGAUGAUAAUGUUGUACCGUGAUUAUGUGUACUAGAUUCAGAUAUACGUUUUGUAUACUUUUUGUCUCAAACCAAAACACAUACUUGAAUAAACUUAAUGAUAAAUAAUUUUA